ACUGCAGAGCGUUGAUUGGUUGAAAGAGUGUCGUCAUUUGCGCGUGCCGCAAGGGAAAAGACAACACUAGAGGCGCCAUUUUUAAACUACAUUCUGUCGCAACAAUGUCGCCGCGCAGCGUUACUUUACCGCGGUCAAUCCCGGAGGUGCAGACCUUCUUGGGUAUCAUCGGUGAAGAAAGGGUGCAAAGGGAACUCGAUGGCAUGGUGAGAAACGAAAAGGUUUUUCAGGAUGUUUCUGAGAGGAUGGCUGUCGAGGGUUACCAGCGGACAUCCGAGCAGUGCCGCUUUAAAUGCAAGAAACUGCGGAGUGACUACCGUAAGGUGAAAGACCACAACAGCCGGAGUGGUGUUCACAGAAAAAAUUGGAAGUGGCUAGAUAUGGUAGACGCAAUCUACGGACACAGAGCGGCGAGUUUGGGACGAGAAGGAGGCAUCAAUACGGCCACCUCGUUGCUGGAGUCGACGAUGGAGCCUCCCGUUGAGUAUCCUAGCUGUCGGGAGGAAAUUGAACAAGAGGUACUUGGUGAAAUUUCCACCCUUGAAAGCGCAAGUUCGCCUGCCAGGACUUCAACACCGACACCACCACCAACAGAAUCUGCUCAAUCAACUGCGAGUGAACCUCAAUUGGCAAGAGGAAAAGGGGCAACAGGAUGUUGUUGCGGCCCUGGCUGAGAUGCAGGCAGCUGAUGAGAAGCAGCAGGAGUGGCUGGAAAAGAUGGAGGACCGCCGUGACCGGCGCUUCGAACUUAUGAUGGAGGAUGCCCGUGAGGCAAGGCGGCAUGAGGCUGAUACAACUCGCCAACAUAUAGAGCAGUCUGCGAACUUUAAUCAGGCCGUCCUCGGCAUGCUCGCUCAGCUGGUGCAGGCGUUUAGUCGCCCCAACUCUGUGCCAUGAUCCAGCCACUAGUGCUCUUUUGCACACAGCACUUUAGACUAGUUUACUUUUUU